GCAGAGAAGCGGCUUCGUCGAAUGUUUUGUUUCAACGCCAUAUUUGUUAGCCGGCUAGCGCUCACUGAAGAGGCGUCCGACGCGAUCUCGGCACAAUCCGAACUCAUCGGCGCUUUCCGGAGGAGCAUCGACGCCACAACUGCGUUUCUCACCGCUUAUACGCGUUUACGCGUCUUUAGCCGAGGGUUUGGCCGCGAACACAACGCAGAAUUUAAAUAAAAACGAAGCGAUCGAGUCGCGUUCCCUUGAGAUCAGAGCAGGACUGUGACUAGCAGGGGUCUCUCGCUGCUCGUGCGGAUUACUAACUUUCGCCACAUUCUUUUAUCAAGCACAACCCUCGACAAAAUGGCGUGUGGAGCCACUCUGAAAAGGACUAUGGAUUUCGAUCCUCUGAUGAGCCCGGCGUCCCCGAAGAGGAGGAGGUGUGCGCCCAUGUCCCCGUCCAGCGCCAGCGCCUCCCCGCAGAAGUACCUGCGCAUGGAGCCCUCGCCCUUCGGCAGGGUGUCUUCAGCCCUCACCACAGAGCAAAUCCUGAGCAACAUCAAGCAGGAGUACAAGCGCAUGCAGAAGCGGAGACACCUGGAGAGCAGCUUCCAGCAGACAGACUCCUGCUGUUUCCCGCUGGACGCUCAGCCACACGCCUCCAUCAGCAGCACAGCCACACUGACAGGCGCGUCCUCUGGAUCAGCGUCCCCGUCCAGACGCGAGCAGCCGCUCUUCACACUGAAGCAGGUGGGCAUGAUCUGUGAGCGUCUCCUGAAGGAGCGCGAGGAGAAGGUGCGCGAGGAGUACGACCAGAUCCUGACCACCAAACUCGCAGAACAAUACGAUGCGUUCGUGAAGUUCACCCACGACCAGCUGAUGAGGCGGUUCGGGGAGCAGCCAGCCAGCUAUGUGUCCUGAGCGCUGUCCUGCGGAUGGUGGAGCUCCUGUGGGUCUCCAGCAGUGCCAGACGCAUCUCUCCCCACUCCGCACAGAGCUCGUGUCUCUCUCUCUCUCUGCAGCGGCUCAGUGCUUCCUGCAGCUAUUACUCCAAUCAGUGGCUCUUGUGUCUCUUACUGAACCCUGGAUAUUUAUUAGGCUUUGACCAUGCCUUUUACACAGCCACCUGUCAUUACAUCCUGGUUUUUUAUGUUUGAUUUAUGUAAAAUGCCUUUUAUUCGCUGCAAAUGCCGUCGAUUGCCAUGAUAAAUGUGAGACGUGUGUGAGGGAGACUGCGGUUCAUAGCUUUGUGUAAAUACUUUCAUCUGGAGUUUUCAUGUACAAAUCAAAUACAGCAUUUAUUUCGAUUGGAGUCUGUUUUCAUGCUUUGUAUUUAUUUUUGUUUUUAUUUCUUUUGCCCCUUUCCUCUGCAUUAUGGUUUUACUGCUCCUGUAGUUUAAAUGACUUAUGUUGGGAAAGUAUACAAAUAAAGCGUUUACAUAA